AUGGGCAAGUGGACUGACAAACUUUACAUUACCCAUUCGGAAUGGAGUGGCGAAGUGGGUCAGCACUCGGCAUCGUCUGGCACGACAGGUCGAUCUGGUAACGCAGGAUUUAAACGACUACCUUUUUACUGCUGUUCACUUUCGCUCCAACCGUUCGAACAUCCUGUUUGCACACCCGAGGGCAUUAUUUUCGAUCUGGUUUACAUUAUCCCAUAUAUCAAGAAAUACGGCACGAAUCCUGUCACUGGUGAAAAACUUGACACCAAGAAUUUGAUCAAGCUCAACUUUUAUAAAAACGACAAGGAUGAGUUUUAUUGUCCUGUCACGUACAAGGUGUUUUCUGAUCAUACAGCGAUUGCAGCCAUCAAAACGACCGGGAAUGUGUUUGCCUACGAUACGAUUGAGCGACUUAAUGUCAAGGCAAAGCACAUGAAGGAUUUGUUGACAGAUGAACCCUUCACUAAGAAGGAUAUUAUCAUGAUUCAGGUGACUAUUUUACCAGGAGCCGUCAGUGGUGGGUUGGGUUGGGAGCGCGAUAGAACCUGUAGCAUAGAUCCACAUAACUUGGAUAACCGCAAUAUGUCAAAGUUCCACUAUCUCAACAAUGACCUGAAGGUCGUAAAUGAAGCCGAGGAACGCGCAAAACGAGAAGUUACCAACAAUAUCAACGUCAAAGGCCUUGGAGCAACAGGACGCGUGUUGGCUGAAUUACAGAAAAAGAAAAAGGAAGAGAGUGGAGGAGAAAGUGAAGGCAGCAGAUCUGGCACGCCCGAGUCUACGUCCGUCGUCAAAAAGGCACCAGAGGAUAAAAGCAGGCCUCAUUUUGAACAAAAGAAAGCUAGUCAAGCAUACAAUGCCGCACACUUCUCAACGGGUCGUGUCGCUGCCUCUUUCACAUCGUCGGCCAUGACACCCGUCACUUUGAACGAGAAGGCUUUGAUUGAUGAGGACAUUUUCAUGUACAAACGUAUCAAGACAAAGGGCUAUGCACGUUUGAUCACAAAUUUUGGAAACUUGAACCUGGAGCUGUAUUGUGACAAAAUACCGGAAGCAUGUCAUAACUUUAUUUUGCUAGCCAAGUCUGGCUACUAUAAUGAUACUGUAUUUCAUCGUAACAUUAAAAACUUUAUGAUUCAAGGUGGUGAUCCUACAGGAACGGGCAAGGGUGGCGAAUCCUACUGGAAAACACCCUUCAAAGACGCCAUCAAGUCAAGCUUGUCCCACGAUGACCGAGGUAUCCUCAGUAUGGCCAACAAAGGAAAAGACACCAACGGAUCCCAAUUCUUUAUUACUUAUCGACCAUGCACGCAUUUGGACGGAAAACACACAAUCUUUGGUCGUGUCGUUGGUGGAUUGGAUGUUUUAAACAAGACGGAAGCUGUCCCAGUAAACGACAAUGACCGACCGGAACGCGAUAUCCGAAUCAAGCAAGUAUCUGUCUUUGUCGAUCCAUUCGAAGAAUACCAGUCUCGACUGAAGCGUAAACUUGCACACGAAGCGAAUGCCGAUGAGGAAGAAGCAGAGCGACGGAGAAAGCAAGAAAAGGAGGAUACUAUGGGCUGGUUUGGUCUGAAUACGGGUAACCCCAAAAAGAGAGGUAUACCAUCUACACAGCAAAAGCCUGCUCCUGCGGGAAGUGGCGGUGUCGGCAAGUACCUUCAAGCCGCUGCUUCUAGAAAUGAUCACGAUGGCACUCUCCCUGAAGCCAUAGAAGAGAUAGUGCCGCCGAAAAGGGCCAAGAAAACAAUGGGUGGUGGCUAUGGCAACUUUGAUAACUUUUAGACGAAACACGUAUUUUUCUCUAAUGUAUAUAUAAAAUAUAAAAAACAACAACUUUUAUGGUGUGUAAUUAAUUGCAAUCGUUUACAGCGGAUCCGUUAUCUUAUUAGGAUAGAGAGUGCGUGUGCGUAUGGAUGAUGAUGGCGAUUCUUAAAAGACAGGGAAGAGGGAUAGAAGGGGUGACUUGCGGUAUACUGUACGUGAUGAUUAUUUAUGUGCUACUACUGGUGCUACUGAUGAUGCUGGUGGUGUUGCUCGUGCUGCUGGGGGUCGAUAUGACCGUAUCCCAUAUGCUCGCUCCAUGAUGGUGGCGGUGGUGCUGGAGCAGAUGGAGCCUGUGGCUGUGGACGAAUAUUUUGUGCAGGCGGCUUCUCUUCCUCCUUAGGCUCUGAUGGACUUCUGCCAG